AUGGGCAACAUAAUACCUUUCAGUCUGUGGCAUCUGACGCCAACCAACACCCUCGCCCUUAUCCAACAGUCUUUCUUCUGUGGAAGACCGAAAUGGAGUGCGGACGAUAUGCCAGACCUCACAGGGAGAGUAAUUAUAGUAACCGGCGGGAACUCAGGAAUCGGAAAAGAGACGGUCAAGGCCCUUCUCCAGCAUAAUGCCAAGGUUUAUAUGGCCUCCCGAAACCCACAAAAAGCGAGUCAAGCAAUUGAUGAGCUAGAACGAGUAACGGGGAAACGAGCUAUAUUCUUGGAACUUGACCUUUCCGAUCUAGCGUCGGUGAAGAGUGCUGCGAUGGAAUUCCAGAGGCAGGAGACGGAGCUACAUGUCUUGUGCAACAACGGAGGGAUCAUGGUGCCUCCCAACCAACGGAGCACCUCCAAUGGUUAUGACCUGGUGUUCUUAACCAAUGUGGUCGGACAUUUUUACCUGACCCAGCUGCUUCUACCAACGCUAUUAGCGACUGCACGUGCACACAAUACGGCCCGAAUCGUCAAUCUGACUUCCAUGGCCCAUUACGUGGCCACGGUAGACUACGCGACAUUUGUAGAGAGUCCCCAGCAGCGCCGACAAAAGCCCUUUGUUCUAUACGCGCAGAGCAAAUGGGCUGAUGCUGUGAUGGCUAUGGAGUUAGCGCGUCGCUAUGGCUCCGAAGGCAUCGUUUCCGUGUCUGUGAACCCAGGUAAUCUCAACACUGACAUAUCGCAAAAUACGCAAGGGAGCGUUGCUCUAUUGUCGAAGCUCUUCUUAUUCUACCCGCCGGCCUAG